GAGAGAGAGAGGUGAUUGUAAGUGCACAGCUAUGCGACCAGCUCAAACUAGUUUGAUGAAACACAAAGAGCAGCAGAGAGAUCAGACACUGAACAGGAUACAGGGUCACAGCACACAGGAUCAGACUCACAGCAAUAAGAAUGCGGAGUUUCAUCUCAAUAGCGCUUGUGCUGGUGGUGGUUCUGAUGUUCACCGUUGAAGCCAGCAUGAAGAAAAAAGAAAAGGGCAAAGAGCCCAAAGCAGAGGUAGAGUGCAGUGAAUGGCAAUAUGGGAGAUGUAUACCAAACAGCGGAGACUGUGGCACUGGCAUUCGGGAGGCAACCUGUAAUGAACAAACAAAGAAAACCAAGUGCAAAGUCCCAUGUAACUGGAAGAAGGACUUCGGUGCGGAUUGCAAGUACAAGUUUGAGCGCUGGGCUGAAUGUGACACAACUACAGGAACCAGAAGCCGGUCUGGAAUGCUGAAGAAGGCACUGUUUAACGCUGAAUGCCAGUCCACCAUUAAAGUGUCCAAACCUUGCACCCCAAAGACCCCCAAACCCAAAGGAGGGGAGAAGAAGAAAGGAAAAGGAAAGGAAAACUAACUUGAAGACUCCCCAAUCCCUCCCCAUUGCCCACUCAUUGGUACAUUACUACGUGACACUCCCAAAUCCUCAAAAAGUUGAAUGCUGAAAUGAAAAAAACUGUAGCCCUACCUAUUGUUUUUCUUUCUUUCUUUUGUAAUUAGUAAAUGUUAUGAGUGUCUGUGCUGUUGUAAUUUGAUCUCUGUAGAAUUUUUAAUUGUCAUUUACUUUGCAUGUAUAAAAUAGGCCACAGCAAAUUUCUCAUCUAAACAAUUGUCUUUACUAAAGCGAAACACUGGUGCAAACCGAUAUGUGGCGCUAGUUUUGCCCUUGAAAGGAUCUAUUUGUAAAUUACAACCAUGCUGUUUUUCGAACGAAGAAGAUUUCUGUACGUUAUAACAUGUAAACUGAAUGUUUAAACAAACACCGCUCCUGGAAGUAACAGCCUAUAUAAAGUAUCUACGUAUGUUUAUAAAUGUUAAUGUUUUUAGAUUUGUAAUGGAUGUUCAAUCAAAUUGACAACACUAACUGAUAACUUC